CACACAUACAGGCAGCCCCCCUCCCCUCCUUACAUCUGUCACUGCCCUUUACCCGCUGACGGCAGAGGUCCUCUCUGUCACUCAGGACAGGCUGUGUGAGUGUGUGUGGUGGGGGGGCACCUUCCACACUGUUUAGUGACAAACUGGGGACACUUCUUCUUCACCGGUCCUGGAGGCUUCGAGAGACUGAGACCGAGAGGCCACUUCUUCUUCUUCUCCUCCUCGAUCUCCGCACUCCCCCUUCUUGCUCCAGUCUCCGGGGCCACUUCCCGAAGGAAGAAGGCCAGGAAAGACAGUCAUCGUGGCUCCCUGCUUGUAAAACUGAAGGCGGCGAAAACCCCUGCAAACAUCUGGACCCAGCGGACAAGUAACAUGAACUGAAGGGAGACGAGCGGGGGGACUGUUUGCCAUUGUAAAGACAGGGGGGGAUCAAAGACGGGAACCCGUUCUCCGCAAGGUCUUCGUUUGGACAGUGAGGAUUUACAGGAACCAUGGGAAGGAAAAAGAUUCAGAUCCAGAGGAUCACAGAUGAGCGGAACAGACAGGUGACGUUCACAAAGCGUAAAUUUGGGCUGAUGAAGAAGGCUUAUGAGCUCAGCGUCCUGUGUGACUGUGAGAUCGCUCUCAUCAUCUUCAACCACUCAAACAAACUGUUCCAGUAUGCCAGCACGGACAUGGACAAAGUGCUGCUGAAAUACACAGAGUACAAUGAGCCCCACGAGAGUCGGACUAACGCAGACAUAAUAGAGACAUUAAGAAAGAAAGGUUUUAACGGGUGCGACAGCCCCGAACCGGACGGGGAUGACUCCAUUGACCAGAGCCCCCUCAUGGAAGACAAAUAUCGCAAAGCCAGCGAGGACUUGGACAUUCUAUUCAAACGCUACGGUUCUGCAGUUCCUGCACCGAACUUCGCUAUGCCCGUUACUGUACCGGUGACCAAUCAGAACGCACUGCAGUUCAGCAACCCCGGGGGGUCAUUGGUCACACAGUCUCUGAUGACGGCCUCGCUCACGGACCCCCGGCUCCUGUCACCGCAGCCACAGACCCUGCAGAGGAACACAGUGUCUCCGGGGCUACCUCAGAGGCCAGCCAGCGCAGGAGCGAUGCUCGGGGGAGACCUUAACAAUUCUAAUGGAACCUGUCCAAGCCCUGUAGGCAAUGGCUACAUCAGUGCGCGAGCCUCUCCGGGCCUCAUACCGGUAUCGAACGGGAACUCCCUGGGUAAAGUCAUCCCAGCCAAAUCCCCUCCGCCUCCAUCCCAGAACAAUCAGCUCGGAGCCAACAGCCGCAAACCAGACCUGCGCGUUAUCACCUCACAAGGCGGCAAGGGGUUAAUGCAUCACUUGGCGGAGGAUCUGGAAAUGCAGAACACACAGAGGCUAGGAGUCUCCCAAGCGGCUCACUCCUUGACCACGCCGGUCGUAUCGGUGGCGACACCCAGUUUACUGUCACAUCAUGGACUGCCGUUCUCUGCCAUGUCCACAGCCUACAACACAGACUACCAGCUGACCAGCGCAGACUUGGCAUCGCUCUCCACGUUCACCUCUCCAGGAACCUUGUCAUUAGGCAACAUGUCCACCUGGCAUCAGCAGCAGCAGCAACAGCAGCAGCAUCAACAGCACCACCACGCGCAGCAGAUGGUUCCCGUGUCACUAAGUAACCUGAUAUCCAGUGGACAGCUUUCACACACCGCCACGCUGACAGUCAACACCAACCCAAACAUAAGCAUCAAAAAAGAACCUCCAUCUCCCAACCGGGAACGGAGCACCGGCACCCCAUUGACGUCCUACUCACACCAGGCGCGGCACGAAGCCACCGGCCGCUCUCCCGUCGACAGCCUGAGCAGCAACGCAAGUUCUUUCGAAGGCAACGACCGAGAGGAUGCAAGGGCCGACUACACCUCCUCGCUUGGGCUGCUGCGACCUUCGAGCGACGUGGAAGGCGAGAGCCCGUCUGUAAAACGCAUGCGGCUCGACGCAUGGGUAACAUAACUGCUCCAGAAACAAAAACCCACCCGCCCACCUCGUCCUCACGCUUGCGAGCCACAGGAUGAGGUGCCGAUUGGGAGGGGGUGGGCAGACAGGAGCAGGUUGCCAGUGAGGUUUAAUGCUGUAGGGUGGGAACCUAUCAUUAACUGCCUGAGAUAUAGCUUUAGUAUUUGGUAGGUAUUCUUCCUAGUCCAGUGCGUCAGGCAAUGUCUGCAGAGGACAUGGGACUCCAUGGCUGCACUAAGAACCUAAGCCGAGUACGACUCCAGCCCUCCAAAGCCAACUGCUUACCUUGUCGUCUUGUUGACCACAGCUGCUACAGUCAAUCUCGCCACUGCCCUCCAUCCUCACCGAUAUACCCUGCUCACCGCCUCACCCUGCUCCGCUUAUCUGAAGACAUCCGUCGUUGGGCUGCUCGCUACCGGGCCAGCUUUCAUUAUCUAUUACCGGGUUGCUUGAAAGGGAAGCUGCAGACUCAGAUUUUUUUUUUUUCGCCAUUCAUGAAACGGUUAAGUCCAAAGUGGCCUCCCUGGCCGAGCAGCGCUCAUUGACAAACUGGAAAUUGAAUUCCUAGCUGCUUGACGGACCUUAAUUGGGUUUUUUUUUUGUUUCAAGUUAACGAACCGGCAUCUUAUCGGGAUGCACACCAUGGAGAGCCACCUUCCCCUCCCAUCCUCCACCCGUCAUGGAAGCUCCCUCCAGUCUCCGGCUCACUCAGCGCAAACGGGGCCGUCCAGAGAUCAAGCUACGUAGACAUAUCUAAAACUCGAACCCCCGCAAGCCAUGGAGCUCUAUCAUAAUGCAGACAAUGCCUUUUUAAAAGAGAAAAAGAAAAAAAAUCAAAAAUUAACAAAAACAAGAAAUAUAUAUAAUAUAUACAUAUAUAUAUUUAUUCUUUUAGAUGCGGUUUUCUUAUUUUGGAGGAAAGAGCUCAGCCUAUGAUUUCACUUCUCGAGGACAGGGAUUUCCCCUCACAGGGUUUUCUAUGUAUUAAAGGCAGUAUGACUGCGAGAUAUAAAAAAAUAGCCCCCCCACCCCCCGUUAGAAAUUCGGAAAGUGAAAUCAUAUUGGAACUUUAAAUUCGAGGCCGUUUUCCGGAGAGCAGAAUCCCCUCUGGAAAGGGAAGGCUUGGAAUUAAAGGAUAAUGUGCAAGGGGUCCAGGUACAUCCAUAGCAGCAUGCUCAUUGCCCAGGUCAGUAACACUGCCGCACAAGAUUUUUGCUGCUAUUUUCACACUAUAUUGGUGAAAAGGGGGGUGAUCUGCUAAAAAUAUAUAUAUAUAUUUUUUUUGUAUUUUUGAACAUUUUUGUUUUCUGGUUUCCCGCAAUCACCUGUACAUUUUAACCUGUAUUUUGUUAAUUAGUUUCUACCAAUUUUUGUCCUAAUAUAAUGGACACAAUGACCUAAAACAGUCCCAGCUGGGGAUCAUGGUCCCAUCUGUGUCAAUGUCCACAAAAGUAUGCAAAUGAGUCUCUAGGAGCAAUGAGGGCGGUGCCAUUACACCUCUCGUUGCUUCCAGAGGCUCUGCUCGCUCCUCUCCAUGCCGCAAACCGUCCAAUUUGAUUGAUAGAGCCAGGCAGAGAAAACGUCACCACACCUGCCUGGCCCCGAGGUCUCCAAAAGUCUGUUUGUACUACACAGAGACUCACGGGUGAGGGGCGAGGCAUGAAGAGGAGCGAGUAAAGCGAGACAAAUCGGCAAUUAUCUCGGGAAUAUGGGCACGGACGCUGAUGGGACCAAGACCAUGAUCUUUAGCUGUCAAGGGCCUAUUUCUCUGGUUAGGUUUUAGGUCCAUGUAAAAAAUAAAAGUAAUAAUAGUGGUGUUCCAUGGCUUCACAGUCCCCCACCCAUCUCUGCUUCCCCCACUUGACAUGGAAACAAUGUGACCACUCUGUGGUCGGUGAUUGGCUGAGAGGUCAUUUCCUAUGCGUUGAGAAGGACAAGAGAGUAGAGAGCAGCAGGGAACUCGGAAAACUAGAGCGGUAUGGGUUCUUUUUUUUUUUUUCUUUUUUUUUUUUUUAACAACCCUUUAAAAAAAAAAAAAAAGAGGGGAACAGUUAAGUAGACUUUUUUAUACUUUGCCAUACACCCUUUAUAAGAUCACCCCUUUUCCUAUUUUUUUUUAUUGUAUACCAUUAAAUCAAAUUCCUGCUUACAUUUUUUUUUAUUAUUAUUUUUUUAUAUUUUACUUUAAAUUUGAAAUAUUUUUUUUAAAAAAAAAUAGCAGCAAAAAUAAAUCAUCCAAAUGUAAUUUUUAGAUGUAUCAUUUUGGCGCAGCUGGCUGUUAGGGUAUAAAACGGACGUUAGAGGAAUUGAACGGGCCCUUGUCAACUUGAUUAGGUUCUUAGAGAACCGUUUUUAGUUGUUUUUUUUUCACACAUGUAAAUGAAAACACAUUAAUUUUCAAGACUAGGAAAUAAAUGACAAUCUUAAAAAAACAUAUAUAUAUAUAUAUAUACUUACCGCACCCUGUUUUUAUCUGUAUAAAUAUUUGUUUCUGAUUUUUAAUAUUAUUUCUUGUGCUCAUUUGUGCUGUUGACAGUUACAUUGUGAAUAUUUUUUUAUAUUCGUAAAUUUGCGUUCUGUAGAGGUAGUUAUUAUUGUUCAGUUUUUGUUUUUUUUCUGUUUUGUUUUUCCAUCCCCCCCCCCUCAUUUUAUUAAGGGGUGUGGCAGAAACUUGCACGACACAAAA